AUGGGUAUAAUUCCUUCCGACGGCACACGUUCCCACGUUCUUCUUUUCCCUUUCAUGUCCAAAGGGCACACCAUACCCCUUCUCCAUUUCGCCAAAAUGCUCCUCCAUCGUUCCAUAUCGGUCACCGUCGUCACAACCCCCGCCAACUAUCCUUUCAUCAAGGAGUCCCUAACCGGAACCUCCGCCUCCGUGGUCACGCUUCCCUUCCCCCCCGCCACAAACAUCCCCGUUGGAGUUGAGAGCACGGACAAGCUUCCCUCCAUGUCCCUCUUCUUCGAGUUCGCCACUGCCACAUCAGCGAUGCAACCACACUUCGAACAUCUCCUCCAUACCCUUCCAUGUGUCAACUUCAUGGUCACCGACGGCUUCCUCUGGUGGACCCUGGACUCAGCCACCACGUUUGGAAUUCCCAGGUUCGUCUACUAUGGGAUGAACUGCCAGAGUGCAAGCCUUUCCAUUGAAGCAAUGAGGGAGGGGAUUCUGUAUGGGUCCCAACCCGACCACGAGUUAGUCGUGUUGACUCGGUUCCCGUGGAUUAGACUCUGCAAAGAACACUUUGACCCCUCCUUCAGAAACCCUAACCCCAGUAGUCUAUCACACGUGUUCCUCAUGAAACUUAUGUUAUCCUCACAACGUAGUCAUGGCAUGUUGGUUAACAGCUUCUACGAGCUUGAGUCUACCUUCGUUGAUUACUUGAACGCGGAGUCUUCUCCUAAACAUUGGUGCGUUGGCCCUCUCUGUUUGGCUGAAUGGACACCAAAGGUUUACUCUGAUGAAGGUGGGAAACCAACGUGGAUUAGGUGGCUGGACCAGAAACUGGAAGAGAAGUGCCAUGUUGUGUACGUGGCGUUUGGAUCGCAAGCUGAGAUUUCUCCUGAGCAACUGGAAGAGAUAGCAUUAGGGUUGGAGGAGUCGGAGGUGAGUUUCCUGUGGGUGAUGAGAAGGGAGGGGUGGGUUGCACCUGAGGGGUUUGAAGAAAGAGUGAAGGGGAGAGGGAUUGUGGUGAGAGAGUGGGUGGAUCAGAUAGAGAUUCUGAUGCACGGGAGUGUGGAAGGGUUUGUGAGCCAUUGUGGUUGGAACUCGGUGCUGGAGAGCCUGUGUGCUGGGGUUCCUAUUGUCGCGUGGCCAAUUAUGGCAGAGCAGUUUUUGAACGCGGUAAUGGUGGAGGAGGAUGUGAAGGUAGGGUUUAGGGUGGAAACCUGUGAUGGGUCAGUGAGAGGGUUUGUGAAAAGAGAAGAGCUGAAGAAGUCCCUGAGGGAGAUGAUGAAAGGGGAGAAAGGGAGAAAAGCAAGAGAGAAGAUGAGGAGAUUGGCUCAGAUGGCCAAAAUGGCUACUCAAGUAGGUGGCUCAUCUUGGUCCACCCUACGGUCACUCCUUAAUGAGACAUGUCCUUGUCCAGAUAAAAAGUGA